AUGCACAAGAUGGCUGAGCCGCCGCAGCCCCAGCAACACCCAAACCUUCCUUCUUUUGCCGCACGGGCUGCCAUAGCCCGCUCGCGCUUCCAAGAAGGGUCCAUGAACGAUCGUGUAUCCGCCGCGCCGCCUGCAGACUUUUUGGGAAGCGCGCAGGCAGACAACGUUGUCGAAGUCGGCCGGCUGGCCUACACGACCACGGCGAGCUCCGACACCACGUUCAAUGCCUGUCGCGACAACGAAAAGAAUAAGAUGAACCGUCGCUCGGUGCAGUCCAACAUCUCAGGCGGGUCUUCAUCCUCCAAGAAGUCGGGCUUCUUCGGGCCGCUCUUUGACGGCCUCAAGGAGAAGCUGGGCUUGGGGCGCAGCAAGUCGAGCCAUAACUUUGGCAAGGACAGCAGGAGCGGCAGUAGCAGCAGCAGUGUUGGCAGCCAGGACAGUGGGCAUGCGCCUCCUCCUCUGCCACAGAAGCCUUUCUCGUCGGCGCACAUGACCUCCAACUCGGCACCCAACACUCCUACAUUCCCCAACUUUGAUGCGGCCGCUGCCGCCACUGCAGGUGGCACGAGGCCGAGCAGGGACGAGAUCAUGGCCACCUACCAGAACCUGAUGAAGUCGGGAUUCUUUGACGCCCACGUCAUCCAGUCCUCGCGCCACGCGCCGCCCGGGUCGGGACCUGGCACACUCCCAUCGCAGAUGUCGCAGGCGCGCCCGUCCACCAGCGCUGGUCGACACCAGCCCGACCAGUUCCAGUUCCCCAACCGGGAUCAGGAGGUUGAGCAGCAACCGUAUCCCCAGCCCCCAGAGUCACCCUACCGCGGCACAAAGCGUAGCCGCGCUGAUGGUGACGAGGCAGGCCAUGGUGGCUCCACGCCGGGGCAGAGACUGAUCAAGAAGCUGCGCAAGUCGACGAGCCGCCUGGCGGAUAAGAAGCCGUUUGGCAGCCAGCCUCUGUCUUCGCCAACCGAGGACACCUUCACCGGCUUGGGCAUAAUGAACCAGCAGCCCCAGAACCAGCAUAGCAAUGACCAUGAAAGCGCUAUCAGUGGGAUGAAGAAGCUCACAAAGUCGCUGUCGCGGAAGAAUCUAAGUGGAAGCCUGCGCGGUCGGUCUGACAAGGUGCCUGUGGCUUGUGACCAGACCCUACCUGAUAUUGCUGCUGGUUGGACCGGGAGGCAGGAUCACAGACAUGGAUCCGAGCUCCCUAGACAGCGUGAUGAUGAGAUCAUGCAGGAGUCUCAAUACCGGCAGCGUCGCGCUGAGCGAAGGCAACACCAGCACCAGACGCCGCUUAGCUCGCCGAUCCGAUCACCCCCGCAACUCCCCAGCCCACGCAACAGCUGCGACAGGAGCCCAUCGCGCGAUCAAGAUCAGCACCAUCACACGCUCAGCUCCCCAACCAAAUUACAGCGCAGGAUGCCUCUGCAGACUGGUGGCAGCGGUACCGGUAGGCAGGCGCCAGGCCAUUCACCGUACCGGAGCAGCAUGCCGCCGUCAGCGCACGCCAACUCGACGUCGUCCCGACACAGCAUGAUGCUCUCGUCCGUGACGGCACCAACGGUGGUUCCAGUGCCGCCCCCGAGCUUCCAUUACCCUCAGCGUAGGAGACCGCAGUCGCUCUCAGCCGAGCCUCUACGCGUGUCGCCCAGCGGCGGCAGGGGCAACAGGCGCGCCGCGGCGGUCUCGGUGCCCUUGUCGGGGGGAGUCAAGCAUUAUGCCAGCAUGGACGUCGUCAUGGUUGACGUGGGCGAUUGCGAGAACACGAUGCGUUACUAA